GCUGUACGUUAAAACUACCAUACCCACAAUUCCACCGCUCUCUGCCUCAUAUGGUAUAGGAAAAGGGUACGGUUCCAACAGUGCUGGGAGUGUUCAGAAUCGGAAGCGCUCGAAGGAGGGGUGGAAACGUAGGUGGAGUGCAGAGGUGUUAGACGGUGCUGAUGCUGCGGGCCAGACUAUCCACUAAGGCGAUUUGGGAUUUGCGUGCCAGGCUUCACGGAAAUAAAGUUUCAUCGUGUUUUAUUUUGCUUUCAUUUCACGGUUAAAAUAUUUAAUUUAUUAAUACAAUUGUGAAUUGUUUCGGGCUACAGGUGACGUUUGCGCUAAAGAAAUCCACCGCGAUUGCAAACGACUGGAGGAGACGCUGCCAUCGACGACCAACAAUGCGCAUCGCGGCUUAAUGUUUUGAAAAGGCUUUGUGCUUUAAUUUCGCUGGUUGUGAAAGUUUCUCUAAUCAUUUUCACUUGGACUGGCAGAGAUGGCGGAUGCAUCUGAAUGCUGUGUGAAAGUAAUGUGCCGGUUCAGGCCAUUGAACGGCGCUGAAAUAUCACGAGGGGAUAAAUACAUUCCUAAAUUCAAAGGGGACGACACGGUUGUCGUGUCGGGCAAACCAUACGUCUAUGACAGAGUCCUUCCGCCAGACACAGAGCAGGUGGAAGUGUACGAAAACUGUGCCAAACAGAUUGUCAAAGAUGUGCUUGGCGGUUACAAUGGAACCAUAUUCGCCUAUGGUCAAACAGCAUCAGGGAAGACUCACACCAUGGAGGGCAAGCUCCAUGACCAUCAGGUUAUGGGGAUUAUCCCUCGCAUUGCUGAGGACAUUUUUGACCACAUCUACUCCAUGGAUGAGAACCUAGAGUUCCACAUUAAGGUGUCCUAUUUUGAGAUCUACCUGGACAAAAUUAGAGAUCUUCUGGAUGUGUCCAAGAUCAACCUGGCUGUACAUGAAGACAAAUUAAGGGUGCCCUAUGUGAAGGGCUGCACAGAGCGCUUCGUGUCCAGCCCAGAGGAGGUGAUGGAUGUCAUUGAUGAGGGAAAAGCCAACCGCCACGUCGCAGUUACAAACAUGAAUGAGCACAGCUCCCGCAGUCACAGCAUCUUCCAGAUAAAUAUCAAGCAGGAGAACGUGGAGACAGAGAAGAAGCUCUCCGGCAAGCUCUAUCUGGUGGAUCUGGCCGGCAGUGAAAAGGUCAGUAAAACUGGGGCAGAAGGAGCCGUGCUGGAUGAAGCUAAAAAUAUCAAUAAGUCCCUCUCUGCUCUGGGGAAUGUCAUCGCCGCUCUGGCUGAGGGGAACAAAACCCACGUGCCAUACCGAGACAGCAAGAUGACCAGGAUCCUACAGGACUCCCUGGGUGGGAACUGCAGGACCACCAUCAUCAUUUGCUGCUCUCCCUCCGUCUACAAUGAGGCCGAGACCAAGUCCACACUCAUGUUUGGACAGAGAGCUAAGACCAUCAAGAACACAGUGUCCGUGAACAUGGAGCUAACUGCAGAGGAGUGGAAGAAGAAGUACGAGAAGGAGAAGGAGAAGAACAGAGGUCUGAAGCAUAUCAUUCAGCGCCUGGAGACUGAGCUGAGACGCUGGAGGAAAGGAGAGGCCGUUCCUGUGGAGGAGCAGUCCGCUCCAAAAGAGCAGAAGAAUGCAGAGAGCACCCCCCUGGUUGAGACGCCGGCCCCGGCCCCUGCACCCCCCCUCGCCGACGCAGAGAAGACCCAGUACGAGGAGCUGAUCAACGACCUCUACCAGCAGCUGGAUGACAAGGACGAUGAAAUCAACCAGCAGAGUCAACUGGCAGAGGAGCUCAGGCAGCAGAUGGUUGAUCAGGAUGAGCUCGUGGCAUCGACGCGGCGGGACUACGAGAAGGCCCAGGAGGAUGUGUCGCGGCUGCAGCGGGACAACGAGGCGUCUAAGGAGGAGGUGAAGGAGGUGCUGCAGGCGCUGGAGGAGCUGGCCGUCAACUAUGACCAGAAGAGCCAGCAGGCGGAGCAGAGGGGCCGCUGCAACGAGCAGCUCAGUGAGGAGCUCUCCCAGAAAACUGCUUCUCUGAUGGCUGUGGAGAGGGAGCUGGCCGGGCUGCAGGACCUGAGUGGCCACCAGAAGAAGAGGGCUGCAGAGAUCCUCAACCUGCUGCUGCGUGACCUCAGUGACAUUGGCAGCGUCCUCGGCACCACUGACCUCAAGGCGAUGACCGAGAUGAAUGGCGCCAUAGAGGAGGAGUUCACCAUGGCUCGUCUCUACAUCAGUAAGAUGAAGUCGGAGGUGAAGUCGCUGGUGAACCGCAGCAAACAGCUGGAGAGCACUCAGGCUGACACCACACGCAAGAUGCAGGCCAACGAGAAGGAGCUGGCCUCCUGUCAGCUCCUCAUCUCUCAGCUCCAAGCCAAGAUCAAGUCCCUGACAGACUACAUGCAGAACAUGGAGCAGAAGAAGAGAAAGCUGGAGGAGAGCCAGGACUCCCUGAUGGAGGAGCUAGCCAAGUUGCAAACAGAAGAGAAAAUGCAUGAGGUGUCUGAGAUGGAUAAAGAGAAGGAGCACAUGAGCAGACUACAGGAUGCUGAGGAGAUCAAGAAAACCCUGGAGGAGCAGAUGGAGACCCAUAGAGAAGCCCACCAGAAGCAGCUGUCACGCCUACGAGACGAGGUCGACAACAAGCAGAGGAUCCUGGAUGAGCUCAGGGAUCUGAAUGAGGGCCUGCAGCUGGAGCGGAAGAAGCUCAUGUCUGACAAUGACAAGCUGAAGCAGCAGGAGCUGGAGAAGGACGAGAAGCUGCAGAACCUCAUGUUUCUUAAUGAGAAGAGGGAGCAGGCUAAGGAGGAUCUCAAAGGCCUCGAGGAGACUGUGGCAAAAGAACUUCAAUCACUCCAUAAUCUACGGAAGCACUUCAUUGACGAUCUCAAUACUCGUGUGAAGAGAAGUGUUGAGCUGGAGUGUGAUGAAACGGGAGGCAGCUUGGCCCAGAAACAGAAGAUCAUCUUCCUGGAGAAUAAUCUGGAACAGCUCACCAAAGUUCACAAACAACUGGUGCGUGACAAUGCAGACCUGCGCUGCGAGCUACCCAAGCUGGAGAAGCGUCUGCGGGCCACUGUUGAGAGGGUGAAGGCCCUGGAGGCGGCUCUGCGCGAGGCCAAAGAAAGUGCGAUGCGCGACCGCAAACGCUACCAGCAGGAGGUGGACCGCAUCAAAGAGGCCGUCCGCAACAAGAACAUCGCCAGGAGGGGACACUCUGCACAGAUUGCUAAGCCCAUCCGGGCGGGGCACCACCACAGCCAGGGCUCCCCCAGCAUGAGCAGCGCCAUCAGAGGAGGAGCCUCCAGCCGCCACCCCCAGCAACACCACCGUCAUCCGCAGCCUCAGCACCCACAGCACCCACAGCACCCACAGCACCCACAGCAGCACCAUCGCCAUCCGCAGCCUCAGCACCCACAGCAGCACCAC